AUGAUUCCCUACCAGAAUCUGCUUCAUCGAAGAACUCGCGAACAGACCGGAAUCGACAUCAGCAACGCAGUCAUCAUCAUUGACGAAGCCCACAAUCUGCUGGACACAAUUUCCAGCAUCCACAGUCAGGAAGUGACCCUGGAUCAGCUGCAGCAAGCUCGGCUGCAUCUGAGCACCUACAAAGCUCAGUACCUUUCACGGUUCUCCACCAAGAAUCUACUGAAAAUCAACCAACUGCUAUUCGUAGCGACGCGACUCGGAAAAGUUCUGGAAAAUCCCACGAAGGAAACUCGAUUCCGCAUGAUCGAAACGCACGAACUGAUGAUCGAAGGAGACUUCUUCAAUCUUAACCUGCAGGAGAUUCUUCAGUUUUCCGACAAGAGUCGGAUCGCUCAGAAAGUCCACGGAUUCGCCCAGAGUGUCCCUCCUUCGGUGCUAGAAGGACCGGCGAAAAAGCGUCCGGAACCAAAGAAGCCGGCAUCCAGCGCCCUGAAGGAUUAUCUCAAACAGCUGGAAAAGGACGCGUCCGAAAAAGGCAAACAGUCGAAAGCUGUGGAAGUGGUCGAAGCGUCCAAACCGGAACAAAAACGAGAACCCAUCGCCAAUGCCAUUCGUCCACUGCUGAGCUUGCUGGAAUGUCUAGCGGAAAGCUUCGACGACGGUAGAAUCCUCCUGACGUACAACAAGAACGACCCCAAAAAGUGCACCAUGAAGUAUUUGCUCCUAAAUCCGGGAGCACGUUUCCAGGAGAUUUUGACCAGCUGUCAAUCGGUUAUUCUGGGCGGAGGAACCAUGCAGCCAGUGGACGAACCGACAGAGCAGCUGUUUAAAAGCUGUCCGGAACGAGUGCAGCUAAGAAGUUACAGGCACGUCGUCUCAGCAGACGCUGUGCUCCCACUGGCUAUCAGCAAGGGGCCAUCCGGGAAGGAACUUCUUUUCAACUUUGUCAACCGACAGAACAAGGAACUGGUAAGUACAAAGCCUUAA